AAAAAGUCUAUCAAAACUAUCACACAAAGGAGCAUCUUAUUCUUCCAAAACAACAUAUUUUCCCCAUUUCACACUACCCUCCUAACAUUCUCCUCGAACCAUCUUCCUAAUUUUUUUAGACUUCUCACUUCCACUCAUAAAUAUUUUUAAAAAAAGACAUUCAAGAAAUUACACCUGGUGAAGCAUUGAAGAAGGAAAGAAAAUAAACUAGAAUUAUACUUUAAUGUUUUUUAUAAUAUUAAUAUUUAAAUUUACAAUUUAUAAUUUGGAUAUCUACAAACCGAUAAAAAUUAAACCGCAUGAAAUUCAAUCGGAUCAGAAUAUCAGAUUGAAUUUUUCCAUAUGAUGACCCCGCUACUUUCAAAUUUUGAUUUAAUCAGCUAGAAACAAAAAUGGAAACCUUGUUGACUUGAAGUAUCCAUUGACGUAAGUGCUAACGCAAAAUCAAGGAAUAUUUCCAAUUGUUUGUUUGUUGAUUUAUUAGAAGUUAGAACUUAGAACCUACCUACCUACCUCCCUCACUCAGUGGAAUUAUUGAAAAUAGCAAAGAUGUCAGGACCAGAAUGUUGCUCAAAUCCACCAACUCUGAAUCCAAGCGCGGGAGCUGGUCACGUUGACAAAUUCGGUGCUCUUAAUGCUUAUAUCACCGGUUCUCCUAAUUCCAAUUCCGCUGUUCUUCUCGUCUCCGAUGUUUUUGGAUAUGAAGCGCCAAAUUUUAGGAAGCUUGCAGAUAAAGUUGCAGCUGCUGGUUAUUAUGUGGUUGUUCCUGACUUCCUUAAUGGUGAACCCUUCAAUCCUGAGAACCCUAAUAAGCCCUGGCCUAUUUGGAUAAAAGAUCAUGGAACGGAUAAAGGCUUUGAAGAUGCAAAAGCCAUGCUCGAAGUCAUAAAAAGCAAAGGUGUUUCAUCUAUCGGGGCUGCUGGAUUUUGUUGGGGUGCUAAGGUUGUCACUGAACUUGCGAAAUCCGGACUUGUUCAAGCUGCUGUGCUAUUGCAUCCAUCAUUUAUCUCUGUGGAUGACAUAAAGGGUGUUGACAUUCCAAUUUCUAUACUUGGAGCUGAGAUUGACAGAGUUUCUCCUCCAGAGCUUGUGAAACAGUUUGAAGAAAUCCUAUCUGCUAAACCUGUGGCAAGUUUUGUGAAAAUAUUUCCUAAAACUUCACAUGGUUGGACUGUCAGAUACAACCCAGAAGAUGCAGAAGCUGUGAAGGCUGCAGACGAGGCACAUCAGGACUUGCUGGACUGGUUUGCUAAACAUCUCAAAUGAGAAAUCUUCGUCAGUUGAUAUCAUAUGUAUCUACGUGUGUACUUGAAGUGCAGCAUGCAACAUGUUACUCAACAACAAAAUAAAAGCUGUAUUGUUGCGUGUUGGACACAGAUUAUUGAUAGAUUCAUCAGCGUAUUUGUAUAAAUAUAAUGUUGCUUCCUCUGGACAGUUGUGGUUUGAGAUAUUAAGAAAUCAUAUUUUUAGACUACUA